AUGGCUGCUUCAACGCCUCAGAGUCAGGCGUCUAUGCUGGCGACGAUAACGUCGGAUCUGGAUAGGAUUGCGCCGAGAUUUGAGAUGAGGCCUGAGCAAAUUGAGAUUAUCCAGACGCCGGCUGAGUUUUAUGAGACGUUAAAGUCCAAAAUCUCAAAAGCCAAAUACCGAAUUUACCUUAGCACCCUCUACAUCGGCAAAACCGAGCACGAGCUAAUCUCCACAAUCCGUACUGCUCUCCAUGAUAACCCCAACUUGCACGUGUCUUUCCUUACAGACGCCUUACGAGGAACACGGGAAACACCGGACCCCUGCAGCGCAUCCCUCAUGAGCCCUUUGAUCUCGGAAUUCGGUCCAGGUCGUGUAGAAGUACGCUUGUACCACACGCCCAAUCUAACGGGUCUGCGCAAGUCGUAUAUCCCCAAGCGCAUCAACGAAGGCUGGGGUCUGCAGCACAUGAAGCUCUAUGGUGUCGACGAUGAGAUCAUCAUGAGCGGGGCGAACCUAAGCGAAGAUUACUUUACGAAUAGACAAGAUCGAUACCAUUUAUUCCGGUCGAAGGAACUAACCGACUACUUUGCUAAAAUUCACGAUGGCGUCGCGAAGCUCAGUUUCGACGUGCAGCCAAGCAACAAAGAAGGCAGCGGAGGCUACAUGAUGGACUGGCCAAAAUCAAAUGUCGCGCCCUCUCCCCUCGAUUCACCAUCAAAAUACAAAGAUGCUGCAGCAAAACAUCUCGCUCCUCUCCUGACACCUGCAAACUCCCCCACGACCCCAUCCUCACCAUCACCAUCACCAUCAACAACAGCAAUCUACCCCAUUCUCUCCCUCGUCCCCCUCAUCCCCACCUCAACUGAACUCCCCGCUCUUACAAGCAUCCUAACCCACCUAACCACACCUCCCUUCCAAAAUUCCUCCUGGACCUUCACCGCCGGCUACUUCAACAUGACGCCUUCCUUCCGUCGCCUACUCCUAUCCACUCGCCCCGCCACCGGCACCGUGCUCACCGCCCACCCGCAUGCAAAUGGCUUCUACGGCAGCAAAGGCGUCAGCGGCAUGUUACCAGCCGCAUACACACACCUCGCCAAAUCAUUCCUGCGAAGAGUCAAGUAUGAGGGCUUGAGCGAGAACGUGGUGCUGAAGGAGUGGAAGAAGGGUAUGGUGGGCGAGAAGGAUGGGUGGACAUAUCAUGCAAAGGGGCUUUGGGUUACUUUUCCCUCGUCCGCUUCCUCCUCCUCUUCAACAACACCACCGCCACCGUCCUCGGCUCCUGGGGAGAAGGCAUCUCAAGACCCCAGUUUGGCAGUCAUCGGCUCCUCGAAUUACACAAAACGCGCGUACCGACUCGAUCUAGAAGCCAACGUCGUCAUUGCUACCACAGACCCUGGCCUGAGGAGACGGUUGGCACAAGAGGUGGAGUGGUUGGGGAAAUAUGCACGGGCUGUUGAUGAGAAGGUUUUUGAGACACCGGAGCGGAAAGUUGGACUUGAUGUGAGGUUGGCUAUGUGGGCUGUUCGUGUGCUUGGGGGUGCUUUGUAGAUGAACGUUUUUUGGGUGGACAAUGGUGACUUGUGUUAUAGAUGUAUAUCUCCUACCAAAAUAUUAGAAUUGAUAUGAUAUUAACGUG